AAGAAUAUCCUUCUUCAUAUUAUUUAAAAGAAGGAACAUCAACAGCUCAAAUAUCUACCACAAAAAUUCAAAUGAAUUCAAUAUCUGAAAAAGAAUUAUUAGAAAAAUUUAAACAAUUUACAAAUUUACAAAAUGCGAUGAACUGA